UUUCUAGUUCCGACAAAUGAACCUCCAAAACUCAACACUUUAUAGUCCCUUUAUCAUAUUUAGUUUAUAUUUAUUACAAGAGGGUCAUCCGUGUUUCAGAUAGUCAGACGGUUUGGGAAUUAUAUAAUCUUUCCGUUGCGCAAACAAAGAAGUGGCUAUGAUAAAAUAGCAAUAUGCACAAUAUACACAUUGGUCGAAACAUGCAUAAAAUAAUCAUCUCAAAAUGGCUCAUGUCAGAUUAUAUUUACUUUGUAACUUACAUCAUCAAUAAAGAUGGCUGACAAUGCGUGCGAAGAAGAUGUGCGGAGAAUGUCCAUGGAUGAACUCUGUGAAAUAUUAGAUAGGGAGAAUGUGGACUACUCGGAACUAGAGGAUGUCGAGGAAAUUCGGGAUCUUGUUUUACAGUCCAUUGCUCAGCGGAUAUCACCCAACAAUGAACGGCAUUCACAGAAGGAGGCGACCAUCGAUGUCAUGGGGCGGAUACUGGAGAGAGAUGCCGAAAUGAGGAUGGUGAUACGAGACAUCUACGACUCUGUGUUAGCAAUGCUCGACAUGAAAAACUUCGAGAAGAACCUUGGUUCAGAAAUGACUAAAGAAUAUAACGGAUACAUUGGAACGGUGAAGGGCUAUCGGAAACAGCUGGAGAGAACACACUGUCCUAUCGUUGUGGCAGGAGAAACUGGUGCUGGUAAAUCGUCCUUGCUGAAUUUGAUAAUGGGGGAACACGUGCUUCCCCGACAAGUUUUGAGUUCUACGUCAACCAUUUGUCAGAUAUUCAACAGCGAGCAGAAGCGAGCGGUAGUUACAGAUGAGAACGGUGGAAAAAUUUAUCUCCAUGACGUCACAGAGGAAACGUUGUCCAAAUACGUCUGCGUUGAUAGGUCAGGAGAAAAUACGCAACGCUACAAAACAGUUGAUAUCUACUGGCCUGUUCCAAUGCUGAAGGAACAUGCUACAAUCGUAGACACGCCUGGUGUGGGAGAGAGUGACGAAAUGACGACAAAACUCCUAGACUAUCUGUCGGAGGCGGUGGCAUUUAUCUACGUCAUCAAUACGACUAAUGCCGGCGGUGUCCAAGACGACAGGCUUGUGAAAAUAUUCAAAAAACAACUUGAGUUGGAACAGAAAGGAUUGUUGCAACAAUUUGAUCCAGAAUGUGCCAUCUUUGUUUGUAACAAAUGGGAUCAAGUGCCGGACAGCGAAGGCGAAAUGGUUUGGACAGACAUUGCCAAGAAACUACAAGCUAACUGGCCGACUAGGAGGAACAUAGACAUUACAGGGCAAAUGUUUAAAAUGUCCGUAACGAAGGACCUACAAAGAAGCAAAGCCGGACUGGGCUACAGUGAGAAGUUCAAGGCCCUUAUUUCCGGAAUUGACCGGCUGGUCAGAGCCAGUCUAGAGAGGCGCGUCAAAAAACACGUAGACUGGCUGCAGUCGUUCUUAGAUAGACUAUUGAUAAAGGUUAUUGCAAAGAUCAAUGCUUCAAGGAAAAACCAAGAGGAGAAAAAGGCCAUGAAAUCGGAGAUAGAAAAGAGGCUGAAAACACUGGAGUGCGAGACAGAGAAUGUUAAAAUAAAAAUGGAAAACGAGACAGAAAAAAGAUGCAAAGACAUUGCAGACAAGUUAACAGCUCAUUUAAAUAGAGAAGAAACCAAACGAAAAAUGUUUCAAUGGCGGACAGAUGAACUUCCUGAUGGCAGUGAUUUAGAUGUGAUACAAUACAAGGCAAAACAACUAAUAGCGGACAAAAUUAACAGCCAGAUCGUCCAAUGGUGUCAAGAGCACCACAUCGAAGACACCUCAUCAAAACUGUUUGACCGAUUUAUAGGAGAAUGCAAACUAAUUAAGGGCAAUUUCUGCGAGAUUGACCAGAUCGUUCAGGGAAUCAAACCCCCAAUCGUUGACGGAAAUCUCCCACAGGCCGCGGAAACCGCGGAAACUUCGUCUGAUUUCGAUUCUUCCAGAUCGUUUGCAAUAUUUCCUUUACAGGAGAGAAUCGCACUCAUUGCGUUUGCGCCAUUGUGGCUUCCCUUAGUCAUUGGAGCCAGUGUUCUAGCACUUCCGGUUGCUGUAGGCAUGUUUAUUAAGGAUGCGAUAGAAGAGAGAAAGAAAAUAAUCGAGUAUCGUAAAAACAAAAUGGCGCAUAUUCUCCAAUUGGCCGAACAGGAAAUAAAAUGUUACAAUAAAGAUUUGGUGUUAAAUGGUCUUCGGGUGACGUACCUUCGCGAUUUUAUGGCAAGUUUAGAGAAAGUUUGUGUGGACGUCAUUCCAAAACAAAUUAAAGCUGACCAAGAACUGAUUGAAAACAUCGUCAAAGAAGAUAGAGAUUCUCAGACGUUGAAACAGGAAUAUACGCCUAUAGAAACAAAGUGUAAAGAGAUCAUCGGAAACCUACUCUAUGCAAAAAUCAAAUAUCUCUCCGACAAUCCGCCUCGUAUUCUGAAAGAAAUAGAUUCACUUGGGCGAGGUUCGUUUGCUAAUGUUCUUCUAUGUGACGUAGAUAUUGGAGGUGCUAAUUUGCAAUGCGCAGUCAAACAAAUGACGUCAUCAAUACGUUCGGACCCGUAUCUCCAACUAUCAGAAGCAUCGAACAUGAAGGCAUUUCGACACACGAAUAUUGUGCAAUGCAUAGGGGUUUCCAUCGAAAAAACAGGUACUAGUCAAAAGGAAUACCUCAACAUAUUUAUGGAGGUGUGUGAAUGUUCACUUGCUGACGUCAUAUUAUGUGACAGACACAUCAUGGAAAUGUGCCAGUGCAAUUCUUACCGCAGGAAAACGUGCCACAUGUUUAAAGAAAAGGACAGAAGUGUUCUGGAAUUUGUGGAAGCAUGGGAGCUAUUUACGAAAAUGUUAGAGGAUAUAUUGAAUGGACUGGUAUAUUUGCACGAUAAAGGAUUCGUGCACAGAGACCUUAAACUGACAAAUAUUUUGAUCAAGGAUAAUAUCGCAAAAAUAGCAGACGUGGGGAUGUCAAAGCCAAAAAACCAGCUACAAGGCACCAUCACCGGAACACCUGUUUUUAUGGCACCGGAAGUUCUGGAGGGCCGGAUGUACGGUUUAUCAGCUGACAUUUUCAGCCUAUCUAUCAUGAUGUGGGAAAUGUGGUACGGCAGGAGGGUGUUUAGUGAAAGUGUUUACUCUGAUGUCAUGACAACGUACAGUUCCAUCAAGGAGCAUGUCGUAUCCGGCCAACGGCCAAAGUUCACUGAGAAAACAGCCCCUCCACAAGAAAUACAGACGAUGAUGGAGGAAUGCUGGGUAGAUGUUGCAGACGACAGGCCGACGGUCAGACAGUUGAAAACGAGGCUAAACGAAGUUGUCGCCAAUUUAACUUUUACAACACCCUGCUGAGAGAAACUCAGUUACUUUAAUUGUUAUUGGCCAUUAAUGACCAAGAUAUGUAUCCCAAAUACAUGUUCAACUGCAUUAGUAG